AUGGAUGAGAUACCGGAGCCCCCGGCCAUGACUGUCCAUCUCCUGGCCAACGCGGGGCAGGGCUUGCUUUUGCAGCAAACCCUGGAUCGGCUCCUAGACUGCAUUUGCCCAGAUAUCCGUCUCUUUCUUGUGUCUGAGCGGGCCAGUCCAGUGAAAUACUACGACAAGUGCUACUCCAAGCGGUCACGCUUCCCGGGGAUGUCUGUUCUGCUUUUCUUGCAGGAGAACCUAGGUGAGGAGAGGCUUUUCCGCGUGCUUGACUCCCUACAGCAUUGGCCGUGGCAGUGCUACCCCACGCAGAACACCCAGGGAAGACCCUGCCCCUACAUUCUUGCCAAUCAGGAAUUCUACAGUCUGGACAGCCAGAUGCCCAUCUGGGGCGUGAGGCAGGUGCACUGUGGCACUGAGAUCCUGAGAGUGACACUCUACUGCAGUUUUGAUAACUACGAAGACGCCAUCCAGCUCUACGCAAUGAUCCUGCAGAGAGAAGCCACCUUGCAAAAGAGCAACUUCUGUUUCUUCAUGCUCUACUCCACUGAGACCUUCGCCCUGCAGCUCUCCCUGAAGCAGCUGCCCCUCGGAACAUCGGUGGACCCCAAAGAGGCUUCAGUGUUGCAGUUCAAGGUCCAGGAGAUUGGCCAGUUAGUGCCUCUUCUACCCCAUCCCUGUGUCCCCAUCAGCCGCACCCGGUGGCAAACACAGGACUAUGACGGCAACAAGAUUCUGCUUCAGGUCCAGUUGAAUCCAGGACUUGGUGUGAGGAAUGGUGAGCCUCCUUUGCUGAAUGACACCUCGGGAGCUGACACUCUUCCCCAAGGCUCCAGGCUGAUCCCUGUCUCUGCAAUUAGGACCCUAGAGUUGAGGAGUCAAAGGAAUCGGGGCAGAAGGUUCAAGGUGGGCUCCCUGGAGCGGCCUGAGCCUGGUGGGCAGCCAGCGUCAGACGGUUCCGGUGACACUUCGUGGAAAAGCCCUGGUGGCUCAGCUCAGCCCAGCAGCCCAGCCACGGAAUCCCAACCGCAACUGUCUUCUCUUCACCUCGAACCCAGGGCCAGAACGAAGGUCCUCGGCCGGGAAAACAGCUUCGAGAAGCUGGAGGCAGAGACCAAUGUUGACACCGGAUUCACCGUGGUCAGUUCUGAGCCCAGGCCAUCUUUUGCGAGCAGAUUUCCUAGGAAUCUUCAGACCCACCAGCCACCAUCAUGCUUGUCAACCUCUUUCUCAGGGUCAGCUGCUUCCAAAAACAACAGGAUCUUUAAGGAAAGGGUUCACCCCCUGUCACUUGCUGGCCAAAGGGACCUUGGUGCUAAGAAGAUACUCUCAGAACGUCCCCUUCCUCUGCCAGUCCAGGGUGAAGCAAAAGAAGCAGAAGAAGAAUUCUUUAUAUAG